AUGCUUUUAAACAUUUUGGGUUUCACAACAAAACGAGAAAAAAAAAUUAAACCGGUUAAAGGUGACUUCAAUGAAGACAAGCAACUAAAAGGUGCCGACAAGCAACUAGAAGGUGCCGACAAGCAACUAAAAGGUGCCAACAAGCAACUAGAAGGUAAUGACAAGCAACUAGAAGGUGCCGACAAGCAACUGGAAGGUGCCGACAAGCAACUAGAAGGUAACAACAAGCAACUAGAAGGUAACAACAAGCAACUAGAAGGUAACAACAAGCGACUAGAAGGUGACGACAAGCAACUUAAAGGUGCCGACAAGCAACUAGAAGGUGCUGACAAGCAACCAGAAGGUGCCGACAAGCAACCAGAAGGUAAGGACAAGCAACUAGGAGGUGAUGGUGUAAAAACAGCAAGUGUCUCUGAUAAGAUAAAAAAGUUCAAUUGUAUGUAUUGUGAUAAAAGCUUUACUCGAAAUGCUAAUCUUCGCGAUCAUAUUGUUCUACAUACUGGUGAAAAAAAUCUGAAGUGCUCAGUGUGCUUGAAAGCAUUCCUUACAAGAACAAAAUUUGUGAAACACAAGGAAGAAUGUGAAUUUGAAAACCCAGGCGAGAUAUGUAAAAUUAUGAGACUAAACGGUAAAAAUCUAUCAAAGGAACCUUUGAAUCAAGACAACAAUCAUGAAAAAAAGGUUCAAGAAGAUAAAGGUAAUGACAUAGAUGGUGGACCUGAUAACCUGAAUUCUUGUACAGAAGUUAACAUGCCUAAUGGAGAAGAAAACAUACUUGGUUCACAGGGUAUCAUUCGUAAUGAUAGUGAUGCCAAGAAGAAUGAUGUUGGGAAUUCCCAAAGGGCUGAAAACAUGUUUGAUUUUGGAAACAUUUUGAAUGACCUGAGCAACUUUUUGAGUGAACGAAUGUUUGAUACAGACUUGAAUGUAUCAUAA